ACCCCCGCAGCAAUCGACCUCAGCCGUGAUUCGUAGGACGAUGGAUCGAGACACCAAGAAGAGAGGCCGAGAGGAGUCGGAUGCGAGAGGAGAAGCCGGCGUGACGACGGCGUGGGACCUGUCUUCGAAGAAGAAGAAGAAGAAGGAGAAGAAUAACGACGCCGUCGACGACACGAACGUGUUCCGUCCACCGGGCCUCUUCGAGUUCCCGUGGCAGAAGGGCGAGCGCCUGCUGGUGCCGGAACCCGAGGGCUGGGACCUCCGCAGCGUCUUCUUCUCUUCCCUCGUCGAUGGCUGCUCUGCCGCCAUCGGGGUCCCCGGCGACCGGCUCUCCCCCACCGCCCCGCGCCCCUUCGGGCUCCUCGAGGAUCCCACCGAUGGGGAGCUCGACGGCGGCGUGGAUUGCAUCUGGAGUUCCGUCCUCCGCCAGCCGCUCUCCACCGUGUACAGCAAGGGCUACAACGCAUGAGAACUUUCCUCCUCCUUUUGGUAGAUGAUGGUUUGAACUAAGACGUUAACUGCAUUGUUUAGAUGACGAUGACGACGAUAACAAACGACGACGCUGUUAAAAACCGCAUUAAGCAAAAAGAACUCAGAUGAUUAUAGCCGUUAAUCACACCAAUCUCACAACCACAGUGAUUUGGCACUUUUUAUAUCACCGUAAUAUUUUUUGUGUUGAAGGUGUAUAUUUUAAUGUAUUCCAAUUUUUUUUUCUUUUUUUGAGCUUAUUACCUAUUGAAAUGGAUCAUACAUUA